UAUAAAUAGUAUGUAUUCGAGCGGUGUUCUUAUUCACUUCUUAUUGUAAUCGGAUUCUGCUUAUGUAUUUUUUUUAUAAACAUGUAAUUUAAAAAAAAAACUAGGAUCUAAAGAAUAAUGUUUAACGCGUGGCAACUCUGCGUUUGGAAAUUUGCAGAAUAACAUUUUUUACAACUUACAACAUAGCGCAUUAAGCUUUUGGCGCUAUCGGUCGCUUACCUAUAUUUUUUAACGUUACUUGGGUCGUGAAACACGUGUUUUGCAGUUAAAUUGAUAAUUUAAUUAGAAAACCCUAAAAAUGAAAUAUAUUUUAGUAACGGGAGGUGUUAUUAGUGGUGUAGGAAAAGGUGUAAUAUCUAGUUCUUUCGGAGCAAUUUUAAAAUGCUGUGGUAUUGAAGUAACGUCAAUAAAAAUUGAUCCUUACAUUAAUUUGGAUGCUGGAACUUUUUCACCAUAUGAACACGGGGAAGUGUAUGUCCUGGAUGACGGCGGAGAAGUGGAUUUAGAUUUAGGAAACUAUGAAAGAUUUUUAAACAUAACCUUACAUAGAGAGAACAACAUUACAACUGGAAAAAUUUACAAACAUGUUAUUGAUAAAGAAAGGCAUGGUGACUAUCUUGGGAAAACAGUUCAAGUGGUGCCUCACAUCACUGAUGCAAUUCAAGAAUGGGUAGAAAAAGUGGCCCAAAAGCCAGUUUCAGACUCUGGCAAGGCUCCACAAGUGUGUAUCAUAGAAUUAGGAGGGAUAAUAGGGGAUAUAGAGAGCAUGGCGUUUGUUGAAGCCUUUCGACAAUUUCAAUUUCGGGUUAAAAGGGAAAAUUUCUGCGUGGCACAUGUAUCUCUCGUACCUCAGCCUAAGACUACAGGAGAACACAAAACUAAACCGACUCAGACUUCGGUUAGAGAGUUAAGAGGAUUAGGCUUGUCUCCGGAUAUAAUUGUUUGUAGGUCUGAGAAGCCAAUUGGACAGAGUGUUAAAGAGAAAAUAUCCAACUUUUGUCAUGUUGCUCCUGAACAGAUUAUCAGCAUUCCCGACUUGAAAUCCGUCUAUCAAGUACCCGUUUUCAUGGAGAAUCACGGAAUGGCCGAAUAUUUGAGCAAGAGACUGCAACUAGGCAUUACGCCACUACCUCCAAUAAGAAAAUACAUGCGACCCUGGAUCGAUUUGGGCGAUAGAAUGACCAAUCUUAAGUCUGAAAUUACUAUAGGCAUAGUAGGCAAAUACACAAGACUGGAAGAUUCUUAUACAUCAAUUACCAAGGCAUUAAAACAUGCUGGAAAUAAAGUUGGAUAUCACGUCAAUUUGAUGUUUAUAGAAGCAUCGAAUUUGGAGGCUGUAAUGCUUCGAGAUGAUCCAGUUGCUUACCAUAAUGCUUGGCAUAAUUUGUGCAUUUGCGAUGGAGUGAUAGUCCCAGGUGGUUUCGGUAAAAGAGGAGUAGAGGGAAAAAUCAUGGCCUGUCAAUGGUGCAGGAUCAACUUAAAACCGUUUUUGGGAAUCUGCCUGGGUUUUCAAACUGCCGUUAUAGAAUACGCUAGAAAUGUUUUGAAUCUAGAAGGAGCCCAUUCCACUGAAGUCUGUGAAGAUACACCACACCCUGUUGUCAUAGACAUGCCAGAACACAACCCAGGACAAAUGGGCGGUACUAUGAGACUGGGAAAACGUACAACUAUUUUUAAAGCUUCUGAUAAUAAUUCUAGAAUUAAACUAUUAUAUGGUAAUAAAGAACAAAUAGAUGAAAGACAUAGACAUAGGUAUGAAGUAAAUCCGGAUUAUAUUAAGAGGUUUGAAGAGAAAGGGCUACAUUUUGUAGGCGUCGAUGUGGAUCAAAAACGAAUGGAAAUAUUGGAAUUGGAGAACCAUCCUUACUACGUAGCUGUACAAUACCAUCCAGAAUACCUAUCUAGGCCGUUAAAUCCAUCCCCACCAUUCCUAGGGUUAGUUUUAGCCGCGAAGGAUAGACUCAGAGUUUAUUUCUCAAGAGGUUGUAAAUUGUCGCCUAGAGAACCUCAAUCCGACUAUGAUUCAGAUGACGUAGGGUUAGAAGAACUCACAGCGAAUAAAUUGAACAUUACAAACGACCAUGACGACAAUAGUAGCGCAUACAGUAGCUCAAGUUUUCCUGAAACAGGAUAAUUUUUAUUUUCUAAUUAUUAAUACAAACUGUUUGUUAUGUUUUAUUUGACUUAUGUUCAUGUCAAGUAAACGUAACUUUGUCACCCUUUAAAUCUAUAUAAAUGUUCUUAGCAUUCUCAUUGCAACAGAUCUCAGUAACAAAAGAUACAUCUUAAUUUUCAUUAUCAGAAAAAGCAUCAUUUUAUUCAAUAUAAUGACGGUAUAAAAACAAACAAAAAAAAAUAUUUUUUUGACUUUCGAUGAGUUGUUAAGGGUAUGGUUCGAUAUUAACCGAAAUAUUAGUUAUGUGGUCCAAAAUUAACCACUCUUUCUGACAUUCCUGAAAAACCAGUUGAAAUGAAGAGAGAACGCAGUUGUCUGAAAAAUGGUGACUCAGACGUUCUCUUCUUUGUUUGAUGAGCUUAGCUUAACACUAUCUACCCCGUUAUAUCCUCUUUUAUUUUUUCGAUUUGUUUUUUAUGGAAAAAUCUGCACUUUGUCAUCACUUUUUCCACCUCAGAAAUUUAACCUAAAGUAUAUUUCAAUUUUCACAUAAUCACUUUAGUAAAAUGUUUAGUCUUGUCACUUUAAUAAUGUAUAUUUUAUGUUAACUUAAAUGCUGGACUUCCGAUUCUGAGACUGUCAUUUCGAUGUUGACACACUGGUGUCAAAUUGUCACAAAAGUAACACGACUGCAGUCCAAAUAAUGUAACUAACAAAUAUCACUUUUUUUAGAAACAUCUCUGUCAAAAUAAUGGUGACUUAUGGUUAAUAGAAGACCACAUCGUAAAGUUAUAUUUAAAUAAAGGGUACGGUUCGGUAUUAACAGAUUUUUAACCGUAACUAACCAGAAAAACUAAUUUGGAGCAUGAUGACCCUAAUAAAACCAAUUUUUCAGAAACGUAUAACAGAAAGAUUAAUUUCGGACCGCGUAAUCAAACUUUUGGUUGAUAUCCAACAAUAUCUGAACUAAAUACAUCCGAUAUUAAAAAGACUAUUUGCAUAUAUAUUUUUUUUAAUUCACUGUAAACUAUAAUAUACUCUUUUAAACGUUAUGUAAUAUAUAUUUUUGAUAUUUGGAUGUUCCUACUCCAAAAAAUCCUAAUAACUAAAGUUGUAACAAAAAAUAAAUGUGUUACACGUUUUUGCGUUAGUCACGACUUUUUACUUAAACAUCACUUUAUUUUCGUUUUCCUAUUGACAAAAACUGUGAUACUUUUCCUACAUUUCACUUUAAUCGUGAAAUCUAAAUUUAGGUUGUCAGCUCAUAUAUAUCAAUACUUAUUUGCUACAUUGCUGACAAGAUCAA